AUGCCAGACGCUGAUGACAACCGUAAUUACCAUCACAAACCACGCCGUUCGCAACGGCCAAGGAUUCAUUUCCUACUCCGAUGGCACCUCGUACACUCGGAAACUCAACCGCUUACCGAUUGGACCACCGUCGAACCCGCCAUCGAUGACAACUUGAAGGCCUCGGCUUCAGAAACCAGCUUCCACCUCUCCGUCGUAGCAGAGCACCAAGCCGAGAACGAGCCCAAGCAUUGGUGCCUCUUCUCCCACAUUCCCAGCGAAAUGGGCACUGGGCCGGGCCAACUCUGGCAAGUCACAGGUGACGCUGAGCUGAUGCACUUCGAGCACGCCACGGGUGUUGACAAGCUCAGCUCGCCGGACUUUGCAUGGCAUCAGGUUCUCAACAAUGACCUGAGCGCGGCGCAGCUGGCGAGGUUUGAUGCGAUUGCGAGGGAGGAGAAGCCGCCGAGUGCUCCGAACCGGGCUGCGGUUGAGCUGCGGAAGUUGGUGGAGUUAAUACGGUAG